UCUAACCCUGAAAACCACGCUCUCAGCUCUCUGUUUCUCUCGCCGAAGCCUGAGCUCUACGACGUCAAGUGUCUCUCGGACUCCCCCCAAAAAUGGCUUCCCUCAGGACCCACUCGCGCUACAGUGCGUAUGACGCACGCUCCUCAGCCUCCUCCUCGCAAUUCUCCGACCCGGCCUCGUCCGCGGAGUUCAAAUCCCCUGCGCCCGUGCACACCUCGUCCUCCCGUGCGCUCGUCAAGCCCAAGCCGCCCGAUCUCUCCCUGACCAAAUCCAAGCCGUCGAAGAACCCGGGCUUAUCCACAAUGGUGAAGAAGUUCAUGGAAAAGAGGUCAUCGGAGAAGCCGAAGCCGGUGAAUCGGACGGCGCUGGUGAUUCCGUCGGACGCGCUCGCCGCGGACCUGAAAAAGACAGCGAGGAAAGGGACGAGCUUCAGUGGGCUGCAGAAGAAGCUGUUUGGGAAGGGAGCGAACGGGUUUGAGGAAGAGAAGAAGAAGAAGGAGGUGAAGGCGUUGACGGAGGGGAAGGGGAACGCGAGGACGUUGGCGAUGGUGCUGAGGAGUGAGAGGGAGCUUCUGGGUCUCAACAAGGAACAGGAGAUGGAGAUUGCUGAGCUCACGCGCUUGCUUGAGGAGAAGAACACUGAGGCUGAGAAGUUGAAGGACUUGUGCUUGAAGCAAAGGGAAGAAAUCAAGGCAUUGAAGAGUGCGAUACUAUUCCCCGAUGUUAUGAGUUCUCAGCUUCAUGAGCUUUUGGAUAAGCAAGGGUCAGAGUUGAAGCAAGCGAAACAACUCAUCCCUACCCUCCAAAGGCAGGUCACUUCUCUCACAGGCCAGCUACAAUGCCUUGCAGAGGAUCUUGCUGAGGUGAAGGCAGACAAACAUUCAUCGAGAGGUCGUUUCCAGUGGAAUGACAGUUCUCCAAGGACACCAACAUAUGAUCACGAACAGGCGUCUAAUUCUUUGGAAUUCAGCCCGGGUGAUCCAACAACCCCUGGUAGUCCAGAUGACAUGUUCCUCAAGGAUUUAAAUCCAUGCUUAACGCCCUGUUGUGCCAAGACAAGGUCCAAGGAAUUUGAGGCAACGGGGUACGAUUCUCCAGAUGAUGAGAUCCCAUUCGAAAACAGUAUGGGGAUGGGUUUUGACUCUCGUAUAAGGAAGAUGUCCAGAAGUUCUGAUUGUUUCCAGAAUGCCAACACAGGGAGCACAAUGGCCCGAGCAGCCCGUAGGUCGGAUGAAACCAAAUGCACAUAUGGAAAGCAAAUGCAUCAUAAAUUUUUUUAGAUAAUGCCAACCUUUCACUUUCUGUCAAGCAUUGAACUUAUCUCCAGUUCUUUGUUCACCUGGAUCAGUGUAUGGACCAUAUGUUUAAAGCACGUCAAUAGAAGAUGAAAAUUGGCAUA